GCGGCCCGACUGCAGUCCCGGCGGGAGCGGAGCGAGCCGCGGCCGGGCCCGAGCCGGCGCCAUGGGGCGGCGCCGCCUGUGAGCCGCGGCGAGCGGAGCCGCGGGCGCCGAGCGGGGCCGGCGGGCGGCGGCGCCCGAGGCCGACGGAGCGGCCGGGCCGGGCCAAGCGCGCCAGUCGAGCGGAGCGGAGCGGAGCGGAGCCGAGCUGAGCGGCGGGAGAGGCCGCCGCCGCCGCCAAGAUGGCGGACCUGGAGGCGGUGCUGGCCGACGUGAGCUACCUGAUGGCCAUGGAGAAGAGCAAGGCCACGCCGGCCGCGCGCGCCAGCAAGAAGAUCCUGCUGCCCGAGCCCAGCAUCCGCAGUGUCAUGCAGAAGUACCUGGAGGACCGGGGUGAGGUGACCUUUGAGAAGAUCUUCUCCCAGAAGCUGGGGUACCUGCUCUUCCGAGAUUUCUGCCUGAAACACCUGGAGGAGGCUAAGCCCUUGGUGGAGUUCUAUGAGGAGAUCAAGAAAUACGAGAAGCUGGAGACGGAGGAGGAGCGUGUGACCUACAGCAAAGAGAUCUUCGACACCUACAUCAUGAAGGAGCUGCUGGCCUGCUCGCACCCCUUCUCGAAAAGUGCCACUGAACAUGUCCAGGGCCACCUGAUGAAGAGGCAGGUGCCUCCAGAUCUCUUCCAGCCGUACAUCGAAGAGAUUUGUCAAAACCUCCGAGGGGAUGUGUUCCAGAAAUUCAUCGAGAGUGAAAAAUUCACACGAUUUUGCCAAUGGAAGAACGUGGAGCUCAACAUCCAUCUGACCAUGAAUGACUUCAGCGUGCAUCGCAUCAUCGGGCGAGGAGGCUUUGGCGAGGUCUAUGGGUGCCGGAAGGCCGACACGGGCAAGAUGUACGCCAUGAAGUGUCUGGACAAGAAGCGCAUCAAGAUGAAGCAGGGGGAGACCCUGGCCCUCAACGAGCGCAUCAUGCUGUCCCUCGUCAGCACCGGGGACUGCCCGUUCAUCGUCUGCAUGUCGUACGCAUUCCACACUCCCGACAAGCUCAGCUUCAUCCUCGAUCUCAUGAACGGCGGGGACCUGCACUACCACCUGUCCCAGCACGGGGUCUUCUCCGAGGCCGACAUGCGCUUCUACGCAGCUGAGAUCAUUCUGGGCCUGGAGCACAUGCACAACCGCUUCGUUGUCUACAGGGACCUGAAGCCAGCCAACAUCCUGCUGGACGAGCAUGGCCACGUGCGCAUCUCAGACCUGGGCCUAGCCUGCGACUUCUCCAAGAAGAAGCCCCACGCCAGCGUGGGCACCCACGGGUACAUGGCCCCUGAGGUUCUGCAGAAGGGCGUGGCCUAUGACAGCAGUGCCGACUGGUUUUCCCUGGGCUGCAUGCUCUUCAAGCUGCUGCGGGGGCACAGCCCCUUCCGGCAGCACAAGACCAAAGACAAGCAUGAGAUUGACCGCAUGACAUUGACAAUGGCCGUGGAGCUGCCUGACUCCUUCUCCCCCGAGCUUCGUUCUUUGCUGGAGGGGCUACUGCAGAGGGACGUCAACCGGAGACUGGGCUGCCUGGGCCGAGGGGCCCAGGAGGUGAAGGAGAGCCCUUUCUUCCGCUCCCUGGACUGGCAGAUGGUCUUCCUGCAGAAGUACCCUCCCCCACUGAUCCCCCCACGAGGAGAGGUGAACGCCGCCGACGCCUUUGACAUUGGCUCCUUUGAUGAGGAGGACACAAAAGGAAUCAAGUUACUGGACAGCGACCAGGAACUCUACCGUAACUUCCCCCUCACCAUCUCCGAGCGGUGGCAGCAGGAGGUGGCAGAGACCGUCUUUGACACCAUCAAUGCUGAGACGGACCGGCUGGAGACCCGCAAGAAAACCAAAAACAAGCAGCUGGGCCAUGAGGAAGACUACGCCCUGGGCAAGGACUGCAUCAUGCACGGCUACAUGUCCAAGAUGGGCAACCCCUUCCUGACCCAGUGGCAGCGGCGGUACUUCUACCUGUUCCCCAACCGGCUCGAGUGGCGGGGCGAGGGCGAGGCCCCGCAGAGCCUGCUGACCAUGGAGGAGAUCCAGUCGGUGGAGGAGACGCAGAUCAAGGAGCGCAAGUGCCUCCUUCUCAAGAUCCGAGGUGGUAAACAGUUCGUCCUGCAGUGCGACAGCGACCCGGAGCUGGUGCAGUGGAAGAAGGAGCUGCGUGACGCGUACCGCGAGGCCCAGCAGCUGGUACAGCGGGUGCCCAAGAUGAAAAACAAGGCGCGCUCGCCCGUGGUGGAGCUCAGCAAGGUGCCGCUGGUCCAGCGCGGCAGCGCCAACGGCCUCUGACCCCCCACCUGCCCGCCCGCCUUUUAUAAACCUCUAAUUUAUUUUGUCGAAUUUUUAUUAUUUGUUUUCCCGCAAAGCGGAAAAGGUUUUAUUUUGUAAUUAUUGUGAUUUCCUGUGGCCCCAGCCCCCACUUGCCUUGGCUCCUGCUGCCACCAACCUAGCCACUGUCCAGCCCCCCUCAGUCCUGACCCCCCCCAGGGUCACCCGCUCCCAGUGUCUUCCUGUGGGGGGAGAGCAGCAGCCCCCCGCCCCUUCCCGGGGAUGAUGCCACCUCCGGCCCUAUGGGCUGUGCUCUGUGCCCACGGCACAGCUGGGUGGCCCAGCAUCCCUCACUGCAGGGGAGGCCGCAGCAUGGGAAUACUACCGGAAUUUUCCCACCAUGACCCCCUCCUGUGACAGGGACAUAACCCUGCAAUGUCCUGCCUCCAGCCAGUUGGUGGAGAAGGAGCCCAUUGUCUCCUUGACCCCAGGACCUCCCAUGGUGACUUAGACUCCUGCACCCUCACUUGGGAAGAGUCCCUGUGUCACUAGCUGCCUCCAUUCUCACCUUCCGUGGACACUGUGGGGCUCGGCCAGGAGGGUGGCGUUGGCAGGAGGUGCUGCUGCCAUCACUGCAGCCCCCUUCUUGCACCCAAGCACCCGGGCUCAGAGGCCACAGAAAGGCAACUUCGGGUUGUGCCACACUGCUAGCCUGCCCUGAGGUCCCCAGGCUCCUGGACUGGGCAAGGCGUUAUCUGCCCAGGACUACAGGGGCCAGUCGGGGUGGGCCGGGCAGCACAGUGAGAGGGGCCAGGGGGGCCAGCCCUCACCACUCCAGGCCAGUCAGUGUGCCCCUCGGGCUAUCCACUCCCAGCCCCACGUCCCGUCAGUGCCACCACCCACAGGGCGCCACCUCGCCCACCGCAUGCCCCCUCGUGCCAGUCGCGCUGCCGUGUGGUGUCGCACCCUCUCCCCCUGGGGCUGGGUUCGCAUACCCUCCCCUCCCAUCUACUCACUCCCCGGGGCGUUUCUUUGCCGAUUUUUGAAUGUGAUUUUAAAGAGUGGAAAAUGAGACUGCGUUUUUAUAAAAAAAAUGGUGCCUGACUC